AUGAAUAUGCCACAGAAUCGUCUGUGGAUAAAAAAGGAACUGAGAUUGUUGGGGGCCAUACAACUAAUGACAAGCCUGAUUGUACAGAGCCUGGGCUACUUCUGGACAUACCUGUUCUUUUCUCAAGCUAUUGUAUUUGGACUGGGAAGUAAUUAUCCUCCUAUCACAGGAAGUUCAGGAUACACACUUUGGGCCUCCUUGCUUUUUAACCUAUCAGGAAGUUUAUCAAUAAUACUGCAGAAGAGGCCUUCAAAUAAUAUGCUGAUCUGGACCAUGACAAUGAACAUUCUAAGCGUCUUUGCAACACUAGUUGGUUUGUUUUUAACAACAGUCGAACUGACAAUGACUUCAAGUUUAGAAUCUUCCCUGUGGCAAUAUAAAAGUGGUAGGUUGCUUACAGAGUAUCUGUUCCUGUUCACCAUGUUGGAGUUGUUCGUGGCAUCCAUCGUAACUGAGUGGACCUAUAGAGCAAGACAGACAGAAGAAUAA